AUGUCCAAAGAAAUCACAUCCCCGCGACCCUACACCUCCGAAGCUGAAUGUCUUCAAUACCACUCUCAACUAUUCAAGACCUUCGCCACCGGAAAGACCAAAAGCAUCAAAUGGCGAAAAUGGCAGCUCAAGCAAAUGUGGUGGAUGCUCGUCGACAACGAAAAGGCCAUCGUAGAAGCAUUAGCAGCUGAUCUCGGACGCCACGAGUUCGAAGCCCUGACAUCAGAUCUUCAUGGCUUAAAGGCCGAUAUCCUCGACCAUCUCAACCAUGUGGAACAAUGGCUGCUGAGGAGCCAGUAUCUUCAGCUGGAUUCCUCAUGGGAACACUGGGAAAAGCGCGGAUUCGAAAAGAGCCUCUUGCCUGUUAUUGCAGCUAUAACUGCUGGGUGUUGUGUCGCCGUCAAACCAUCCGAGUUAUCAGUUGCGUCUCAGAACCUCAUGCAAGAUCUUGUGGGGCGGUAUCUCGACCCAGAAGCCAUUAGACUCGUCACAGGAGGACCGCAGGAAACAACAAAACUGCUCGAACUCAAGUUCAAUCACAUCUUCUUCACCGGUUCGACAAAGGUCGCGAAAUAUGUUGCUGCAGCUGCAGCGAAACAUCUCACCCCCACGGUUUUGGAGCUUGGUGGUCAGGGACCGGCGAUAGUGACAGCAAAAGCUGACCUUGAUCUUGCGGCUAAGCGUAUUGCGUAUGCCAAGUUUCUUAACGCAGGGCAGAUUUGUCUCUCGGUUAACCACGUUUUUGUCGAUCCAGAGGUUCACGAUGCUUUUGUGCAGAGAUUGCAUCACUGGACUCAACAAUUCUCCGGUGGAGAGUCGAGUCACAUGUGCAAGAUCGUCAAUAAGCGCAACUUUGAACGCUUGUCGGGUUUGUUAGAGGAUACUUCUGGAAAGGUGUUUCAAGCUUCUGGAAAGGAAGGGGAGAAUAUGCUGAGCCCAACUGUUGUUACCGACGUGAGCAUAGAUGAUUCGCUCCUAAGUGAGGAGCUAUUCGGUCCCAUUUGUCCAGUCAUCAAAGCGACGUAUAAGGAUGCGGUGCGCCAGACCAAUAGUGGUCCUCAUCCUCUCGCGAUCUACAUCUUCAGUUCAGACAGGUCAGAGAUCGACUACGUUCUACAGAACACCAUCUCGGGCGGCGUCACCAUCAACGAUGUUCUAAUGCACUACGGGGUACCAGGCGCUCCAUUCGGCGGUGUAGGUGACUCGGGUCAAGGUUAUUAUCACGGCAAAUACGGGUUCAUGGCAUUUACCCAUCAGAGGACCAUCUUGGAAAUGCCGACUUGGAUGGAUAAGCUUAUGGCGUUUCGAUAUCCUCCUUUUGACAUGAAGAAUAUGAGCAACUUUGUAGUCAAGAAUAACUUGGGAUUCCGACGAGGAGAGUCGAUGGAGGAUCAGGUCGUCGGGGGCAGUCGAUCAUGGCUUUGGGCAGCAACUGGAGUCUUGGUUGCUUCCGCUAUUGGCAUUGCUGUGAAGAAACCCCAGAGUGUUCGUGGACUAUUUUUUUAA